AACAUUGGGAAAAGAGCACAUAUUUUCCAACUAGUCUUGGUCGACGAAAGGCAUUUUCACAUGGGAGGGAUUUGGGGACCCAGAUUUAUAUUCCGAUUCCAAAUCCAAUUCCAACUCCAACCCAUUGAUCUUCUCCUGAAUCAAUUUCAAUAGGUAGUGAGUGGUAGCAUUGGUUUUGAUCUUGAUUUGUAUUCAGAAGAAGCCGUGGGUUCAUGUACCUUCAAGCUUGGGGACGCAUUUUUUCUUUUUUCUGCGAUGCCCUGCUACUGAAGAAAUCGCAUAUAUAUCUUCUCCUUAAUCUUCAGAGCUCCAUGGCCAAAGGCUUUGCCGCAUCAAACUUGUGAACAGGGGAUGCAAGUGUCGUGGGAAUUUGCUGGAGGAGAAGGUAAAUGUUUCGACGUCUCAGAUGGUUCAUUGGCAUGAAUCAUAGAGCUGCUGCUUCUCCGAAGAGAUUGCCCAAUGCGAAGCCCAAGCCGCCUCCUGCUAUGUUGGAGACUGUACAAGAGAUUGCAAUCUACAUUCAUAGGUUCCACAACCUCGACCUUUUCCAGCAAGGAUGGUAUCAGAUUAAGAUUACUAUGAGGUGGGAGGACGAGGAAUUUGAGUUGCCGGGAACUCCGGCAAGAGUUGUUCAGUAUGAAGCUGCAGCUCCUGAAUUGGGUCCAGAGGAUGCAUAUGGAGUUUGGAGGAUUGAUGAUACAGACAACAGUUUUUCAACACAACCUUUUCGCAUCAGAUAUGCUAGACAGGAUGUUCUUCUAUCUCUCAUGAUCUCUUUCAAUCUAUCUCUCAGAAAAUAUGAGGGCUUAUCAACAUCAGCUAUUAUUUUGAAGUUUGAGCUUAUGUAUGCUCCCAUGUUGGAGAAUGGGUCUGAGUUACAGGCUUCUCUGGAUGCAUGCCCUGCUUCAGUUCAUGAAUUUCGGAUUCCUCCUAAAGCUCUUCUUGGAUUGCAUUCAUAUUGCCCCGUUCAUUUUGAUUCUUUCCAUGCUGUGCUUGUUGAUAUAAGCAUACAUAUCACUCUGUUGAGAGCUGGUAUUCAUGCGCCUUCAUCGAAGGUACCCAGCAAUUUUCAUGCUGUUGAAGAUGUUGCCGGAGAGAAUCUUGACGGAUCAAUUCAAGGGAUGGGUCAUGUGGCUGAUUUAAAACAGGUCUUUAAAGCAUUAUUUGCUGCCCGUGACAGACUUCUUGAAGAGCUCCAGAAACUUAGCAAAGAGAUUAAUCAGACAAUUGAUUUGACUGAUUUCAUUUCCAAACUGAAUGAUACAAAGUUAAUUCAUACUUCUCUGCAAGCAGAUGUAGUUACUACAGAUGCUCAAGCUUCAGGACAAGUAUCAGGCGAGCCACAAAGUGGUCUUGAGAAAGCAAAUGGUAUUGUUGAAUUGCGAAGUGAUGGACCACUUAACUCCUUAUCUAAGGAUGAUUUGCUGAACUCUUUCCAUUUACUUGGCAAUCAAAUUUUAUAUUUAUGGAACACAUUUCUGAAUUUCCACAGGGCUAACAAAAAAAAGAUACUGGAAUUUCUGAUUGAUGCAUGGGCGAAUGAUCGGAGAGCUGAAUGGUCAAUAUGGAUGGUAUACUCUAAGGUCGAGAUGCCUCAUCAUUAUUUAAACAGUGUGAUUGAUGAGUCUUCCUUCCAGGGUGGCCGUGGAAAAGUUCUCAGUUUGAAGAAGUUGACUGAUGAUCCUUCCCAUACUGCAGCUAUGCGUGCGGAACUUCAUCGACGAAGUAUUGCACAAAUGAAGAUCAACAACCAGUCAAUUCAAGACAUGCACAUAUUUGGAGAUCCUUCCCGUAUUCCUAUUAUAAUUGUAGAACGUGUUGUGAAUGUGCCACGGCGUACUACCAGUGGAAAUUCCUACUUCAGUCAACUGGACCAGAAAGAUACACCUAACUUACUCACUGCCCCUCUCUUUAAUGCUGUAAACAAGUCAUCAGUUGCUAGCCCACAACAAAAUGGACGUGUCUUGAAGAUUGUUGUCUUUGUGCACGGGUUUCAGGGACAUCAUCUGGACUUACGCCUUGUUCGGAAUCAAUGGCUAUUGAUAGAUCCCAAGGCAGAGUUUCUUAUGUCAGAGGAAAAUGAAGACAAAACAUCUGGGGACUUCAGAGAAAUGGGACAAAGGCUGGCUCAGGAAGUGGUUUCUUUUGUUAAAAGGAAAAUGGAUAAAGUCUCACGACAUGGAACCUUAAGAAAUAUCAAGCUUAGCUUUGUUGGGCAUUCCAUCGGAAAUAUUAUUAUUAGAACUGCAUUGGCAGAGAGCUCUAUGGAACCUUACCUAAGAUACUUGCAUACAUAUGUUUCUAUAUCUGGCCCACACUUGGGAUAUCUGUAUAGUUCAAACUCUCUAUUUAAUUCUGGCUUGUGGAUCUUGAAGAAGUUUAAAGGCACACAGUGUAUUCAUCAACUCACACUCACGGAUGAUCCAGAUCUUCAAAAUACAUUUUUCUACAAACUCUGCAAGCAAAAGACAUUGGACAACUUCCAGAAUAUAAUUUUGUUGUCUUCACCACAGGAUGGUUAUGUUCCAUAUCAUUCUGCCAGAAUCGAAUUGUGCCAGGGAGCUUCAUGGGACUACUCAAAGAAGGGCAAAGUGUUUCUGGAGAUGCUGAACGAGUGCUUGGAUCAGAUACGAGGCCCCUCUGAGGGUCGAGUAUUCAUGCGGUGUGAUGUCAACUUUGAUACCUCCAAUCAAGGGAGGAACUUGAAUACCAUUAUUGGGCGAGCUGCUCAUAUUGAGUUCCUUGAAACUGACAUCUUUGCAAGGUUCAUAAUGUGGUCUUUCCCAGAACUAUUUCGAUAGGUCAUUGUGAGAAGCCACAUCUUUGGCCAGUUGUUGGUCUCUGAGCUUUUCUCCAGCCUGUCUUCAGCUAGGCAUCCUCACCCCAUCUCUUAAAAUUGGGGAACAUGCAGGGAAGGGUGGGGUUGGGGCUGGGGCCGGUUGGGUUGCCUAAGAAUGGCAACCCCCAUGCCUACCUAACAUUUAGGAUGGUGGGGCAUUGUAAAUUAUAGGCUUUGAAGCUGAUUCAAUUAGGAGAAAUUCUAGAGAUGUAAUUAUUUUCUAGGUGUUUGUUGUUUGGCCAGUGUCUUCUUUUCUUUCCUUUUUUUUUUUUUCAAUUAGAGAACCAGGACGCUAUACAUUUUAGGAACUCUAAACUAAAGAACCAUGUACUAUUAUUAUAUACCCAAAAAAGGUUGGGGGUUGGAAUGGAUUCUGCAUUCAAUUUCUAUGCAGUAAUAAAAUUUGGGUUAAAUAUC